AUGACUGUGUAUGGCCACAUCGAGUCUUCUGACGCGGAUGUGCAUACCCAUGCUCUUGGGGGAUACCUUCGGGUCGGGAAGAGGCUGAGGGCAUGCAGAAUUAGGGUCGUGGGUGCGGUCCGAGCGGCCCGAAAUGAUGCGGUACUCGUGGUGCUCAACUGUUGGUAG